GGGGGCGCUGUCCGGCGGUUCUGAACUCACCUGUGUUGUCACUGCAGGCCGGUUCUGAUUGGUCCGCGUGCAGGCUUCAUAUUCUGGUUGGUUCCGGCUCAGCAGGUCAGUGUGGACUUCAGACUGGGACUGAAACUUUGCUUGAUGGGAAACUUGUGGUCCGCUCACUGAGCAUCAUGUCCGGCAGAGUUCUGGUGAAACCCCUGGAGGACCUGAGCCUGGACUCAGGCUACGUGGCCGGGGACCCCUGCCCGUCCCUCAGCCUGUCCUCCUCCGGCAGGUCCGGGCAGUCUCAGCCGCACACGAGCACUCCUCACCGGGGUACCUGGUGGCAGCACCCCGGCUCUCUUUACAGCAGGAACGGCAGCUGGGACACGGUCAGCACGCUGCCGGAGGACGCGGCGGACACCCUGGCCAAGUGUCCCUGCCUGCCCGAGCUGGAGGAGUAUCCCUGGACCGAGCGGGAGCUGCGGGAAAUCGUGCGUAAAGUCGCGGGUUCGGAUGCGUCGUUCACCGGGGAGGCGGUCCACCGGCUGUCCGUUCUGCUCCGGAGAGCUUUGGUGCGGAUCUCCCGGGAGGCGCAGCGGCUGAGCGAGCUCCACAGGCGGUGUACGCGCCUGGAGGUCCAGAGCGCGGCGAGGCUGGUGCUGAGCUGGGGCUUAGCCGAGAAGUGCAUCUCCUCGGCGGUGAGGGCGGUGUCCCUGCACUGCAUGAGCUCCGGGGACGCCGCGCACCAGCGGAGCAAGUCUGCGCGCUGCGGGCUGACUCUGUCCGUGGGCCGCGUCUUCAGGUGGAUGGUGGAGACACGCGUGUCGGUGCGUGUGCACGAGUACGCCGCGGUCUGCCUGGCAGCAUGCGUGGAGAGUUUGGUGGAGGAGGUGGCCGGACGGGCGCUGCAGGCGGCGGCGGAGGAGGAAGCGGACAGCGGGCUCAGCUGCUGCCCGGUGACCGCGGAGCUGCUGGAGGGAGCCGUGAACCACGACGCGGAGCUGUGGGGGCUGCUGCAGGUGUACGAGCACCUGAUCUGUGGCAAGAACGUGAACGGUGAGCUGUCGCUGCCGGCCCAUGUCAGCCCGUACACGAAGGUUCCCGAGGACUCGAUGGAGAGCCGGGAGGACGCCUACAUCCAGCUGGAGCUGCGAACACUGGAGCAGGCUCUGCUCGCCACCGGUGUGGGCAGCAUCGCAGAGCUCAGUGAUCUGGUGUCCCGGGCGAUGCACCACAUGCAGCGUCUGCGCAGCUCGAGUCCUUCCAUCAGCGCGGCUCGCUCAGCCAAUCAGCCGUCGGUAUCGUGGGCCGCAGACGCCCUACGAACGCUGUACUACUUCCUGUCCAGCCCACAGAUGGAGUCCCUGGAAAACCCCAACCUGGAGCCUCCGACCACGACGCUGAGCAGAGAGAGGCCCUUCCUGCUCCUCCCUCCUCUCAUGGAGUGGAUCCGAGUCACCGUGGUGCACGCCGAGCAUCGCCGCAGCCUAUUGGUGGACAGCGAUGAUGUCAGACAGACGGCCAGGCAGCUCCUCCCGGGAUUGGACUGCGAGCCCCGACAGCUGAAGUCCGAGUGCUGCUUCCAGUCCUUCAGGUGUCUGAACGCUGAAGCUGCCUCCAGGAAGUUCACGCUGGACCUCGGCUUCAGGAUGAUCUCAUGCGGCCGAGCCGACCUGGUCCAUCAGGCCACGAGGAUGCUGGGAGCUGAGGGGGUGAACACCAUGGACGACCAGGGCAUGACUCCUCUGAUGUAUGCGGCUGCAGCUGGAGAUGAAGCUCUGGUUCAGACACUCAUCGAGGCCGGAGCUCACCUGGACCUGCAGGUCCCGGGCACUUCAGUCCGUCACCCUUCGGUUCACCCCGGCAGUCGGUGCUGGGUCGCUCUGACGUUCGCUGUGCUGCACAGUCACCUGUCUGUGGCUCAGCUGUUGUUGGAGGGUGGAGCUGACGUGGAGGGCGGAGCGCUGCUGGACGGGCAGGAGAGCUCAGCUGAGACGCCGCUGCAGCUCGCCGCCGCCGCAGGUUACUACGAGAUGGUGAGUCUGCUGCUCGCCCACGGAGCCGACCCUCUGCUCAGACUGCAUCAUGGGAACUCGCUGAUGUCACCGCUGUACGAGGAAAUGAACUGCUUCAGCUACGCUGCAGCACACGGACACAGGAACGUCCUGAGGAGGUUGCUGCUGCAGCCUCCGCACAGGAAGGAGGACAUCCUGUCACUGGAGGAGAUCCUGGCUGAAGGAGUGGAGGAGGAGGAGGAGGGUUCAAAGCCUCCAUCUCCUGACUCCUCGAGUCCUGUUCCCAGGCUCUGUAAGGCCCGGAUGAAAGCUCUGCAGCAGGCGGCGUAUUACAGCGCAGAGCACGGUUACCUGGACGUCACCGUGGAGCUCAGAGAGAUGGGUGUUCCCUGGAGACUCCACAUCUGGCUGGAGUCUCUCCGCAGAGCUCAGCAACUGAGCCGGGACAAAGUCAUCGUCUCUCUCCUCACGGAGUUCCCCUCCAUCAGGACGGAGGACUACACCCCCGAGCUGCUGUCCACGGGCGUCCCGCUCAUGUUCAGCAUGCUGGAGACCAGCAAGGACUACGUGAUCACCAAGCGGCUGGCGUCGGUGUUCUCUCGCUGCUACGGCUCCUCUCCGGUUCCUCCCAUCCCGCCGCUGGACGUCACUCUGUCGACGCAGCUCGAUAUUCACUUCCUGAAUAACCCGGAGAUGUCCGAUGUGACGUUCAUGGUGGACGGGCGUCCGUUCUUCACUCACCGCGUGCUGCUGAUGUCGGCGUCUGAACGAUUUCGACGGAUGCUUUGCGACUCCCACGAUGACAUCAUUCACAUCAGUCACAUGACCUACUGCACCUUCCAGAUGAUGAUGAAGUCUUUGUACUGUGGGGGAACUGAAGGACUGAUGGUGUCGCACUCUGAAGCCUUGAAGCUGAUGCCGCUGGCGUGGUUCUUCGGGCUCAGAGGUCUGCAGAGAAGCUGUGAGCUGAAGCUGUCGCAGAGUUUAACUCUGGACUCUGCCGUCGACAUCUACCAGGCGGCCAAGCACCACGGAGGAGCUGAACUCUGCAGGUUCUGUGAAGGAUUCUUCCUCCAGAAUAUGGACCGGCUGCUGGACCGGGAGGACUUCCACCGCCUGCUGCUGGGCGGUGUCAGUCAGGAGCUGCUCUGCCCGGACAUGGGCACCAAAGACCGGGAUCCACCGGUCCUCCUGAGGGUUCUGGAGGCCACACUUAUACAAAGACUUCACAGCCUCCACUCUGCAUGUCGAGAGUAGAAGGCAGCAGAAAACCGGGACCUGGACAAGGUCAGCCACACUGAUACGAGUGUUCGAAGGGACGGGAGCCAUAAACUGUUUUUUUACCUUCGUCUUUAGAGAGAAACGUUAGAGUAGCAGAGAAACAUUGAAGUUAUUAAAGUUAUUUAUUAAUCUUAAACAUUUCUGCAGCCGAGGAGACGAUCCGGAUCGAUGAAGAGAAUGAAUCCGUUUUGAUAAUCGAAGUGAAAUAAAAAACUGAAA